UGGCAUGUUGCUGAACAUUCUUGUAGCAACUGUCAAAAUGAUGGGGACAUUUUAUGUUGCUCCGCAACAUUUUUUUCACAGACUUGAACACAGUACUAUAUGAGUUAAAUUUCGUUAAUGGUUGUUUUUAAUAUAUAAUUGGGAAUGGCGUUAAUUAAUAUAAAUAAAAAACGGCGAGGACUAAAUGAUGAAGUUAUCAAAGCGCUGAUUCGUGCUGUGGAAAAUAAUUCGACUAUUUGGAAUAGGCAAUGUAAAGAACACUUAAAUAAUACAACACUUAGAACUGCAUGGAAAAAUGUUAGCGAAGAAGUUUCUUUAAGUGUUGAUGACUGUAAAGCUGCAUGGAGAAGUGUACGUGAUAGUAAGCGUUACCAUGAAAAAAAACGCAAAAAGUAUGAGAGCAAUCCUGGAUUGCUAGAUCAUGAACAUUGGGGUUUCCAUGAGGAACUCUCAUUUCUUACGGAUAACUCAACGCAGCAUAUAAAUUUCGCAACAGUGGAUGAAAAUGAAGACCGUUGUGUAACCCCAGUGAAACAAAUUACAUAUGAACCUGAAGUACCCAAUAGUAGUCAUAGCACAAGAAACUCAGCUUUAAAUAUGCUAACCUCUUCAGCAGAGAAAAUAAUUACACAAAUGGAGACAUUCGUGAACAUGAAGCAAUGUCAACAAAAGAAAAAGUCUCAUUUCGAACCAUUUUUAAAUUUAAUUAAUUCAAUUUUAGAGCAGUUACCAGAAGUUGAUGCACAGAGAUUGAGCGCAGAAAUCACAUCGAUGGCAUAUGCUAGAUUAAACGACCACCUCAGCAAAAAGAUUAAAAAAGAAAACAGACACGACGAAUUCAUUAAUAUGUAAUAUACAUAUAUUUAUAUUUUCCUAAUUU